CAUAUCUACAACCAUUCAACAAGUCAAAAAAAAUUAUAUUUUCUACAAGGUCAGAGUCUUUUCUGAUUUUUCUUCUCAAAUUCUCAGAGCAAAACUCAUUGUUUUUGCAACCAAAAACUAGGACAAACAUGAGUAGUAAUCCACAGCACAAGCUCCACGUUAUGUUCUUCCCUUUCAUGGCUUAUGGCCACAUGAUACCAACUCUAGACAUGGCUAAGCUUCUCUCUAGCAGAGGAGCCAAGUCCACUAUCAUCACCACACCUCUCAACUCCAAGAUCCUCCAGAAACCCAUCGACGUAUUCAAGAACCUGAAUCCCAAUCUUGAUAUUGAUAUCGAGAUCUUCGAUUUCCCAUGCGUGGAGCUAGGGUUACCAGCAGGAUGCGAGAACGUAGAUUUCUUCACCUCAGACACCAAUGCCGACCGUAACGACAUGGCCUUUAAAUUCUUUCUGUCGACAAGCUUUUUCAAAGAUCAGCUCGAGGUUCUCCUCAAGAAGACAAGACCUGACUGUCUUAUCGCCGACAUGUUCUUCCCAUGGGCUACUGAAGCUGCUGAGAAGUCUCAUGUGCCAAGACUUGUGUUUCACGGCACUGGCUACUUCUCUUUAUGCGCUGGUUACUGCAUCAAAGUGCAUAAACCACAGAACAAAGUAGGUUUAAGUUGUGAGCCUUUUGUGAUUCCAGAGCUCCCCGGGGACAUAGUGAUAACUAAAGAGCAGAUCAUAGACGGAGACAGCGAAUCCGAUAUGGGGAAGUUCAUGAUUGAUGUGAGAGAAUCAGAGAUGAAGAGCUCAGGUGUUGUUGUGAACAGCUUCUACGAGCUUGAACCUGAUUACGCAGACUUUUACAAGAGAUUUGUAGCCAAGAGAGCGUGGCAUAUCGGUCCACUCUCUGUUAUAAACAGAGGAUUUGAGGAGAAGGCUGAGAGAGGAAAGAAAGCGAGCAUUGAUGAAGCUGAGUGCCUCAAGUGGCUAGACUCCAAGAAACAAGAUUCAGUCAUUUACAUUUCAUUUGGGAGCGUUGCUUGUUUCAAGAACGAGCAGCUGAGAGAGAUCGCUCUAGGUUUAGAAGCUUCUGGCACAAGUUUCAUAUGGGUUGUGAGAACAAACACAGGUGAGAAAGAAGAAUGGUUACCAGAAGGGUUUGAAGAGAGGGUCAAAGAGAGAGGGAUGAUAAUAAGAGGAUGGGCACCACAAGUACUGAUACUUGAGCACCAAGCAACCGGUGGGUUUGUGACUCACUGUGGCUGGAACUCGCUUCUUGAAGGAGUGGCUGCAGGGCUACCGAUGGUGACAUGGCCUAUUGGAGCAGAGCAAUUCUACAACGAGAAGUUGGUUACACAAGUGCUUAGAACUGGAGUGAGCGUGGGAGCUACAAAGCAUGUGAAAGCUAUGGAAGAUGAUAUCAUAAGUAGAGAGAAAGUGGAGACGGCGGUGAGAGAAGUUUUGGUUGGGGAAGAGGCGGAGGAGAGGCGUACACGGGCAAAGAAACUGGCGGAGAUGGCUAAAGCUGCGGUGGAAGAAGGAGGGUCUUCUUUUAACGAUCUAAACAGCUUGAUGGAAGAGUUUAUUAGCUCAUGAUGAUCCUUCGUAUAGAGAGUUUUGGUUACAGACGAAAUCUAAUGUAUUAUUUAAGGAAUAAAGGUUAAUGAAUCAUUCAUUUUCACAUGAAUGAGCUAGCA